AUGGAGGACAUCGGCGACACAGCGCCGUCUCCAAUUACCUUCAAAGUACAGACGAGGAUCGGGACUUCUCUCGCAUCUAGAAUCAGUUCAGGAAGUGUAGUGAACAACAACUCUCCUGUUUUUCGCGACACCUACUUCUACCUCCGCCUUGCCUCUUCGCCAACAAAAGCCACCUCCAUCGUCGGCCUCCACCAGCUUCAUCCUUCGUCGUCAUAUCACGUCAUGAUUAGGUUACUAUCAUACGUGGAGGUUUUAGGUCAAAUGGCUGCUGAAUUACAAUCGAAGAAGACAAAAAUCAACCAAUUAACGAGAGAUAUGCUUACUAUGGAACAAAGGUUAAAUUCAGAAACACUAGCAUUUGCCGGAGGAUUUCAUAUACGAGACAGUCUGCUUGUGGGUGCGAGUGUUAUUAAAGAGGUUGCUGAGGGAGCAAGACUAUGUGGAGGUAAGAGGAUCAUUGGUGUUGAUUUGAACCAAGACAAGUUUGAAAUAGAAAAGAAAUUUGGAGUCACUGAUUCUGUGAACCCGCGAAACAUGAGGUACAAAGCUGUGAGCCGGGUAAUUUUAUACAUUAUGCUUCAUAUGUUUCUUGAAGCAGGUGAUAAUUGA